AGGAUGUGAUAUCACUGUUAUCAGCUCUUCCUUUUUCAUAUCCCAGCUUGGAAUAAAUAAGGUUAUGAAAUAAAAAGACUCUUACCUCGUACCUUCUGUUCCAAACCUGAGGAAAUCAAUACUGAACUGGGAACAACAAAGAAUUCAAAACAAAAAGUGAAGAGAAAGAAACAACAGAAGUGGUCAAGAAAUGUGUUCUCUCAGUAUUUUGAGAUGAGGCCUCCAGAGGGCAGCACCAAGGCAGAGAAAUAGACUGAAACCACUCACUCCUCCUUCCCUUGGUCUGGGGCUCCCUGUAGUUCCCCACCAUCACUCCUCCCAUUCCUUCCAACUUUAUUUUUAGCUGCCAGUAGGAGGGGGCAGGAUGGGAGGGAAAGUAAAGAAAACAGAAAAGGAGAGGGACAGAGGCACAGAAGACUUCUCAUACGGACAGAAGAACAUCCAGGCAUGGAGCUCCCCCUCAUCCCACACCUGUCCUUGCCCCUGAUGUUCCUGACCGGUCUCUGCUCCCCCUUUAACCUGGAUGUACAUCACCCACGCCUAUUUCCAGGGCCACCUGAGGCUGAAUUUGGAUACAGUGUCUUACAACAUGUUGGGGGUGGACGUCGAUGGAUGCUGGUGGGCGCCCCCUGGGAUGGGCCUUCAGGUGACCGGAGAGGGGAUGUUUACCGCUGCCCUGUAGGGGGAUCCCCCAAUGCCUCAUGUGCCAAGGGCCACUUGGGUGACUAUCCACUGGGAAAUUCAUCUCAUCCUGCUGUGAACAUGCACCUGGGGAUGUCUCUACUAGAGACCGAUGGUGAUGGGGGAUUCAUGGCCUGUGCUCCUCUUUGGUCUCGGGCUUGCGGAUCCUCAGUCUUCAGUUCUGGGAUAUGUGCCCGUGUAGAUGCUUUGUUCCGGCCCCAGGGGAGCCUGGCACCCACGGCCCAACGCUGUCCCACAUACAUGGAUGUUGUCAUCGUCUUGGAUGGCUCCAACAGCAUCUACCCUUGGUCUGAGGUUCAGACUUUCCUACAAAGACUAGUCGGGAGACUGUUUAUUGACCCGGAGCAGAUACAGGUGGGACUGGUACAGUAUGGGGAGAGCACUGUACAUGAGUGGUCCCUGGGAGAUUUCCAAACCAAGGAAGAAGUGGUGAGAGCAGCAAGGAACCUGAGUCGGAGGGAGGGCCGAGAAACAAAGACUGCCCAAGCAAUAAUGGUGGCCUGCACAGAAGGAUUCAGUCAGUCCCGUGGGGGCCGACCAGAGGCAGCCAGGCUACUGGUGGUUGUCACUGAUGGAGAAUCACAUGAUGGGGAGGAACUUCCUGUAGCUCUGAAAGCCUGUGAGGCUGGAAGGGUGACACGCUAUGGGAUUGCGGUCCUAGGUCACUACCUCCGGCGGCAUCGAGAUCCCAGCUCUUUCCUGCGGGAAAUCCGAACUAUCGCCAGUGAUCCAGUUGAGCGGUUCUUCUUCAAUGUCACGGAUGAGGCUGCAUUAACUGACAUUGUGGAUGCACUAGGAGACCGGAUUUUUGGCCUUGAGGGGUCCCAUGGAGAGAAUGAAAGUUCCUUUGGGCUGGAAAUGUCUCAGAUUGGUUUCUCCACUCAUCGGCUGAAGGAUGGGAUUCUCUUUGGGAUGGUGGGGGCCUAUGACUGGGGGGGCUCAGUGCUAUGGCUUGAAAAAGGUCACCACCUUUCCCUGCCACGAACGGCUCUGGAAGAUGAAUUCCCUCCUACAUUGCAGAACCAUGCAGCCUACCUAGGUUACUCUGUUUCCUCCAUGCUUUUGCAAGGUGGACACCGCCUAUUUAUCUCAGGGGCUCCUCGAUUUAAACAUCGAGGAAAGGUCAUCGCUUUCCAGCUUAAGAAAGAUGGGGCUGUGAAGGUCGCCCAGAGCAUCCAGGGGGAGCAGAUUGGCUCAUACUUUGGCAGUGAGCUCUGUCCAUUGGAUACAGAUGGGGAUGGAACAACUGAUGUCUUGCUUGUUGCUGCCCCCAUGUUCCUGGGACCCCUGAACAAGGAGACAGGACGUGUUUAUGUGUAUCUGGUGGGCCAGCAGCCCUUACUGAUGCUCCAGGGAAGACUUCAGCCAGAACCCCCUCAGGAUUCUCGGUUUGGCUUUGCUAUGGGUGCCCUUCCUGACCUGAACCAAGAUGGCUUUGCUGAUGUGGCUGUGGGGGCACCCCUGGAGGAUGGGCACCGGGGUGCACUGUACCUGUAUCAUGGGACCCAGAGUGGAGUCAGGUCCCAUCCUGCACAGCGGAUUGCUGCUGUCUCCAUGCCACAGGCCCUCAGCUACUUUGGCCGAAGUGUGGAUGGCCGGCUAGAUCUGGAUGGAGAUGAUUUGGUAGAUGUUGCUGUGGGUGCCCAGGGGGCAGCCAUCCUGCUCAGCUCCCAGCCUAUUGUCCACCUGGCCUCUUCACUGAAUGUGACCCCACCAGCCAUCAGCGUGGUUCAGCGAGACUGCAGGCGGCGAGGCCAGGAGGCAGCUUGCCUGACUGCAGCUCUUUGCUUCCAAGUAACCUCGCGCACUCCUGGCCGCUGGGACCACCGAUUCCAUAUGCGGUUCACAGCAUCACUGGAUGAGUGGACAGCUGGGGCACGCGCAGCAUUUGAUGGCUUUGGCCAGAGGCUGUUCCCUCGGCGGCUCCGGCUCAGUGUGGGGAAUGUCACUUGUGAGCAGCUGCACUUCCAUGUACUGGAUGCAUCAGAUUAUCUCCGACCAGUAGCCUUGACUGUGACCUUUGCCUUGGACAACACCACAAAGCCAGGGCCUGUGCUGGAUGAGGGCUCACUCACCUCCAUACGAAAGCUGGUCCCCUUCUCGAAGGAUUGUGGCCCUGACAAUGAAUGUGUCACAGACCUGGUUCUUCGAGCUAAUAUGGACGUCAGAGGCUCCAGGAAGGCACCUUUUGUGGUUCAAGGUGGCCGACAGAAAGUGAUAGUGUCAGCAACCCUGGAGAACAGGAAGGAAAAUGCCUACAACACUAGCCUGAGUCUCAGUUUCUCCAGAAACCUCCACCUGGCCAGCCUCACUCCUCAGAGGGACAGCCCAGUGAAAGUGGAAUGUGCAGCUCCUUCCUCUCAUGCCCAGCUUUGCAGUGUGGGACACCCUGUCUUCCAGAGUGGGGCCAAGGUGACCUUUCUGCUAGAGUUCGAGUUCAGCUGUUCUGCCCUCCUGAGCCAAGUCCUCGUGAGGCUGAUUGCCACCAGCAAUAGCCUGGAGACAAAUGAGACCCUUCAAGAUAAUACAGCCCAGGCCUCAGUCUACAUCCAGUAUGAGCCUCACCUCCUGUUCUCUAGUGAGUCCACCCUGCACCGCUAUGAGGUUCACCCAUACGGGGCCCUCCCAGUGGGCCCUGGCCCUGAAUUCAAAACCACUCUUAGGGUGCAGAACCUCGGCUGCUAUGUGGUCACUGGCCUCAUCAUCUCAGCCCUCCUUCCAGCUGUAGCCCAUGGGGGCAAUUACUUCCUGUCAUUGUCUCAAGUCAUCACCAACAAUGCAAGCUGCACAGUGCAGAACUUGACUGAGCCCCCAGGGGCCCCUGUGCACCCAGAGGAGCUUCAGCACACAAGCAGACUGAAUGAGAGCAAUACCCAGUGUCAGGUCGUGAGGUGUCACCUUGGACAGCUGGCAAAGGGAACCGAGGUCUCUGUUGGACUGCUGAGGCUGGUUCACAAUGAAUUUUUCCAGAGAGCCAAGUUCAAGUCUCUGACAGUGGUCAGCACCUUUGAGAUGGGAACUGAGGAGGGCAGUGUCCUACAGCUGACUGAAGCCUCCCGUUGGAGCAAGAGCCUCUUGGAGGUGAUUCAGACCCACCUUGUCUUCAUCUCCCUGUGGAUUCUCAUUGGAAGUAUCCUGGGAGGUCUGCUCCUGCUUGCUCUCCUUGUCUUCUGCCUUUGGAAGUUUGGCUUCUUUGCCCAUAAGAAAAUCCCUGAGAAAGAGAAAAGAGAAGAGAAGUUGGAGAAAUGAAUGUAGAAAAAGGCUCUAGAAAGCCCUCCCUGGUAGCUUCUCUAAAAGACUUGCGUAAGAGUGGAGGUUUGGGGGCCCACAUGGACAAGAAGGAGGCUUUGGUCCCUCUCUCCGAACCUGCAGCCUGGCCUGACUUUUCAGUCAUGGGGAUGCUGUUGGCAAGAGAUGAGACUUUACCUCAGCCAGUAAGGGCUGGCACCAAAACUAUCACACUCUCACCCUGUGCUUCCCUUCUCCUCAUGAUCCUGGGUUCUGGAGCCAACACUGAGACCUUCGUUUGGGGCCUUGUUUUCCCCCAUCCCCUGAGAAUCAAGAAGUUUUUGCCGAGGUCCCUGACUCCUUUGAGAUUCUGUGUCCUCCCUCCCAAUUUAGAAAGGAUGAGGGUUAUCCUCCUCUAGUCCCCGCCCUCUCACCUUCCUGCCUGCCCUCACUCCACAGGAGGGAGCUGAUGUUGGCUUGAAGGACGUAAAGUCAACAUCUGCUGCUUUCCUGUGGAGUUUGGUGAUUCAGAGAACCAGAUGGGGAGAGUCAACAGGAAAAAAGGAGGGAGGCAGAAAAGCCACAAGAGACAUUCUGUACAAUUUUAAGGAACAGAGAAGCGUUUAGACAGGCAACUGGCAUCCCCCUGAAACCUGAGACUUCGUGCACUUGCCCGCCCUCAGGUGCUGGUGAAACAGAGCUGCCCCCAGGCUUGCUGGGCUUCCCAACCAGCAGCCUUGCCUGGGAGAAAAGCCAGGGCCUGGUGACUGAUUUGCUGGAGCCAGGGGCCGCCAGGUGGCUAGAGCUGAAAUAGCAGAGAAGACUCGCUACCCCCGGCAAUGUUUUCUGCACCUUUCACAGACCUUUCCCACCCGUAAGCCUACCUUGAGGGCCUCCUUAAAGAAACCAGAGAUAGUGUAGAGGAUUGUUGAUUGAUAGUGGGAAAUCCUAUAGCCUUACCAGCUUUGGAGAGCAGCAGCCCUGUGCAAUCUGAACAAGUGGGGUUAGCAUUAAGAAGAAGCUAAAGUGAGCAGUGUGAGGUCUGUGGGGAACAAGCCCUUACUUGCUCAGCACUGGUUGUGUAGCACAAAUAGCUCGUUGCAAAAUAUUUCAGAGGCAGCCACAGUUACACCACACCUUGUAGUGCUUCUCUGGUAGAAUCUGUUUGCCAGCCCUUGCCUGAUGUUUACUGGAAAAUCUCGAGUUAAUUUUUGUCUCUGGAUUCCCCCCAUCUCUCACUCCCAUUGUUUGGUCAUGGCCAGUAAAGGGAACUAGAUUCUCAUCAACAACUGAGUAACUUAUAUUUCUUUUGAAAUCAAGACUUUGGAUACAAAGUCAUUUAUUAGUCUCCAGAGUGCAGCUCUGGCAGUCAUUUGAAGAAUCAGCACCCAUUUAGAGAUGAGAAGAGAGGAGACCUGACUGGACAGUUGACUAGCAGCUACAGAACCUGUCUUCAGCGGCUGUUCCUGAGGCCUGGCCACAAUGUUUUUUUUUUGGCUUGUCCCUGGCCUUCUGCAGAGAGCCACCCUCAUGGGCAUUGUCUCUGUUUCCCAGUAAGGCGACAGUAUCAGAUGGUCAAAACAAAUAAAGUUCAGUGUCAGAUGA